AUGAGCAGAAAUCCCGUCGUCGCCGCUGCCGCACACUUACAGGUGUCUGCACCUGCCAACUACAAGAAUCAAAUCCAGCAGCUGGACAUCUUCCCACCGGCUUCACAGCGGACGAGGACCAGCAGCGGCGACGGCGGCGACCGGAACUCCUUUCUACCUGCUGAACACGGCCAAAGGCAGCAGCAGACGGCGCGACUCUUUACAGAGAGACGCGGGAGACAGACCGCCACGGUGGAUAUCGCAUCUCUCCUAAAGACAGCAGACUCAGAUGAGUCCCCGGCCUCCCCCCCCUCGCCGAAGCCUCUCGCAACUCUACAUCCGCCAGCACUGCAGUACAUUGCCUACCAGCAGGAGCACCAGUCCCGAUCGACCUCACUGCCUCCGUCCCAGCUGCUCCCGCCGGCCAUCGCCUCGGCUACACCGUCGCCCAACUCAGCCCCGGAGCCGCGGCUGCCUCCGAUCGCGUACGCUGCAGCAGGCGGGCAGCCAAGGGGAGGUCACGGCAUCAGCAUCGGCAUCGACGCCUCCAUCGCGGCAGGGGUACGGCGAAGCAUGCCUCCCUACACGGCUGACAGUCCGGCCAAGAAACAGAGCAAGUGGUCGGCAGAGGAAGACUCGCUGAUCAUCGAGCUGCGCGGCGGUGGGAUGAAGUGGGAAGACAUCUCAAAACGGCUACCGGGCCGCAGUGCUAUCAGCUGCCGGCUGCACUACCAGAACUACCUCGAACGGCGGAGCGAGUGGGACGAGGAGCGCAAGAACAAGCUCGCCCGGCUGUACGAAAGAUUCAAACCUGAGAUGUGGGCUAGGGUUGCCGAGGAGAUGCAGGUGCCCUGGCGAGCAGCCGAGGCGAUGCACUGGCAGCUGGGUGAGGCCGACAUGGCGCGACGGGCCGGCGUGACGCCGUUCUCGCUGUCGUCCAUGGCGGUCGACUCGGCGUCCACACAUCACCGGCAAUCGCCGUCGAGGGCUCCAUACUCACACGGCCAAGGUGGCAUCCGUGCCGAGACAGCAGGCAGCAGCGGAAGUUCCCGGUCUCCCCGUUAUGGACGAGGUGGACCGCCUCCACCGCCAGCGAUGCUGGAAGACAGGCCUUUCGAGGGCGGUGGCCGUCGAGAGCCAGGACCGCGGACUGUGUUCGGUGGUGGCUACCCGGAUGUGGCCGGCACGAUGUCCCAAUAUCAGCAGCAGCAGCAGCAGCUCUACCAUCCGACCGGACUGGGCCUGCCACCCAUUCAGACAGCAGGGCCUCCACCCUUCCAGCAACAGGAACGGGCAGUGGGGGGUGGAGCUCUGCCGAGCCUGGCGGAAAUUACGACAGGUGUCAGCCCAUACAGCACACCGGCAUAUUCACUCGGAACCAGCCCGGCCCCAAGCCAGUCAGCAAGCCCUGUGUCGGCACAUAUCGUGUCUGGCCCCAUCCCUCGAUCUGGAUAUGGAUUUGGCGGGCCAGGGCCGGGACCAAUACCAGGACUAAUACUAGGACCAGGACCAGGAUCAGGAUUGGGACCCAGUACGGCCUACGGACUGCCUGGGCUGUCGUAUCCACCGAUGCAGAUGGGGAGCGGACCAGAGCCGCGGGCACCAGCGGGAGGAGGAAACAAGCGGCGAGCAAGUCCAAACUUUGAGCCACGAGAGCGACGGCGACGACAACUCUAA